AUCGAAGUCGGCGCUGUGCGCGACUCGGGAAGCGAGACCUCGCUGCUAUCCUCGUCGCCGCGACCUCCGCGUACAUCCGCGUGAGAAAACCAAACUGAGGGAAACGGCGAAGGGAGGGAGAGAGAGAGAGAGAAAGAGAGCGAGAGAGAGAGAAAUAAUUCCGGACUUUUGACGGUCUAUCUUUGAGCAUGCUUGAGGAGCCCACUUCACGUUAUACCUCCCCCGACAGGGACAAAAUGGUGGGCCCCCCGUCGAUAUCCGAUGCUCCGGAUCUGCCGUAUUUCGACGAAAAUCGUUACGUUGCCGACCGGGACGGCACGUCCGGCCCGCGGAAACGUCGUAUCCCGUCGACGCGGGCGUCCGCGUCUCGCGCCCACCUACGAAUAUGCGAUCUAUAACCUAUUUCCCGAGACGUUGCUGAGGCGAGCACGGGUGCCCCCGCGCCUCGGCCGCGCUUCUGCACCCGUGGAUUUUAAUUGCCGUUCGUCGGAGACGGGCCCGUGUGUCUCCGAGGAGGGGUCGCGGCUGACGCGCGCGCGGCCGCACGCUCGCCCGAGAGAGCGCGUCGAGGAGGCGGCGCACCGGCUGCCUCGCGACCGCUCGGGGCUUUCCCGGAAAUCCAAGCGCGAAUUAUAACCUAUAGUAACGCUUCGUGUUCGUGGGCCUCGCUUUUUGUUUAUGCGCCCCCAUGUUUUUCUCAUUUUCUUCUUCGCUUUAUCGAUUCUAUAUUGUGCUAAAUAACACCUUUCCUCGAUGCGUAAACAAGAUUAGUAGCUCAUACCAGUGUGAUUUGGAGCUGUCGGUGUACAACUGAUACUCGACAUCUCAUCAUCACACAUAUUGGAGCAACACCCUGAGGCGUUCCUAAACUCUCUGGGUAGUUAUGUGAUUUGUGAUUGUCAUGGCGGCAGAUAGUGAUGGUGAUCGGAUUGUGACGGUGGUAACGUGCGAGGGUAAUCAUGACGAUCCAGAGUUUCGUCAAAAGUUGAAAAUUAUCGUCGACCGUCUUAAUGAUUUGCUUUGCAAAGAAAAAGGAGAUGGGCUGAGAGUAAAUAAGGUAGAACCAUGGAAUUCUGUCAGAGUAACAUUUUCAAUACCCAGAGAAGCUGCUCUGCGACUUCGAGAGUUAGCAGCUCAGGGUUCUCCGACGCUUACACAACUUGGCAUACUUUCAGUGCAGGUCGAAGGAGAUCAGGUAAUAUCUUUGCGAAUAGCAAGUCGCUUCGGUGGAGAUGCACAAGAAAUUGUGCUGCAUUCUGGAACCGCGCAAGAUGGCGGAGCAAAAUCGCAAGGCGAUACUACUAAUAAUACAGCUACUGCUGACGCUAAUCCUUCAACAGCUUUGCCUGGUCCCAGUCAUUCCACCAGCAUUUCGUCAGCACUACGCAAUGUUGCUCAGAUAAUAGCAGCUGCUGGAACAUCGUCGGAAAAAGCUCCACAGUUUCGUUCUCCAAAUGUAGUUGCACCUACUGAUUGUGAUCCUAUUCCACCGUUUCUUGCGAAAUCAGUCCAAUCCACAUCAACGAGCAAUGUUGGCGUUUCUGGGAACCAACAAGUGACUAAUUCCAAUGCAUCGCCCAGAAACAACUACAAUGUUCUUUAUCCAUUUACCAGUAUGACGCACGCUGCUCAAGCAAUACACAAUCGCGAAUCGCAGAAUACAACAAUUAAGAAUACGAUGCAAUUCAAACACCAUGCGCAACCGCCGCCCCCCUAUCCAUCUCAGGAAAAUUUGGCAACGGUUACGGCACUGACGACCGGUCACACGACCACCCAACCGGUCGUUACCGUUGGACAACUAACAAAUCAAUACAAACCCACGACGAUUGCUACAACAUCUAGUCUGUCACCAAACAACAGUACCAAUCUGGCAGGGACUUCUAACGGCAACGGAAAUCAGGUCGCCAAAUCCAGUCCAUUACUCGUGAAUCUUUUGCAAAAUGAUGCUGGUUCGCACUCAAAUAACAUCGUACCUGGUCAAAAGAUGGUAACACCGGGUGUCGACAAUUCUGGACUUACCAAUCGUAUGAGACCCACCAAGAAGCCUACAGGUCGAAGGAAAGAUCUCCCUUCGCCUAACGAGUCGCCACCGAAUUUACCGGAUACUUUGAGAAGCGAAGACUUGAUCGGAGGAACAGCGGCGACGACGACGACGACGACAACGACGACGACGACGACGACUGUUAUUCCUGACUUAUCUCAGACUUCUACAUCGUCGGCAUUCGCGACUGUCAACGCUAAUCAACCGUCGACGCUUCCAUCGCAGCAACAUACGGUCAAUGUAAUCGGCGGUAGCACUGGACAAAACAUGAUGCCGCCCCAAACGGUACAGCAUCAAGUGCCGCCCAGCGGACAGAUGCAGCAGCAAGUUACAUCGAUCCUACACAAUCAAGUACAAACGCAGCAAAAGUAUCCCAACAUUAAGCAAGAAUUGGCUUAUAGAACUGCUUCGCAGAUUCAAAUGCAGAAUCAACUUUCUGCCAGGCACCCGGUAAAUGGGCAACAAAUUAGAACAUCUUUGCAACAACGUCAACUGUUACUUCAACAACAAAUAAACCAACAAAUUGUCCCACAAGUCUCGACGACGCAGCAAAGUCUACUUCAUCAACAAAAUAUAAACACAUCGUUGCAAACCACAUCUCUUAGCAAUCCGUCACUAUUACAGCAACAACAGCAAAAUCAACAACAAUUGCUACAACACUCAACAGUAGGCUUAAGCGUUCCGCAACAACGGCUAGGUUACUUAAACAGUCAACGUCAGCAAACUCCGUCGCCCUAUCCGAGGCAACAGGUCCCGCAGCAAACGCAUUUAAAUCAACAAAAUCAGACUCUUAAUGUACAACAACAACUGCAUCACAAUCAAGCGAAGAACGUCAAUAUCAAUAUCAGUGCGACUACUGAUUUUCGUUAUGGACAGAGUCAAAAUAUCCUUAGUAGAAAUUAUCAAUCUCCCUCAACGAGCAAUGCUAAUGGGACCACAUGGAAUGCACAGAGCAAUUCCGCAGAGCAAAUGCGCAGAGCUAUUCCGCAAGGUGCUCAAAUCAACACCACACGUCUGUCAGUCUCGAAUCAGGUUUCAGGUGCCUUUCCUCAAUGUGGGUCUCAUAUAAAUAAUUCUACUGCUAGCAUUGCUUCGUCAUCCGUCACUAAAACAGAAACUUCCGAGUCUUCGAAACCGGAAGAAGAGAGUCCGGAGCCAGAACCGGAGUACACUUCAAGUGGGAAAAUAAGACAGUUUCUAAUCAAUCCUUUAACAGGACACUUGGAACCGAUGCCCAGUGAAAGUUCAGAUUCGGAGCCGGAGAGUGCAGUAGAUAAUCAGGACGAUUUCUUCUUCUUUCCAUCUCCGUCAAACGACAGAUCAAACUCUAUAUUUUCCGACGACGACGCGGACAGUAAUUUCUCGAGGAGAAACGACACGACGACAAACACGGAUCAGUCUGAUUCCGAAACAACGGCCAAGUCCACGGCCAGCGAAGGAAGUUUAAAGCAUAGCAGACUAAAAUCUAGCAGAGAGACCGCGCAUAGUCCGAUGCCAGGAGAGAAAAUCAAAUUAAGAUUGAAAUUGGAAAAAUCCGAGCCCGUUACACCGGCUUAUAAAGUUGACGUUUCUUUCGUGAAUACGCCGCCCAUGCGAAAAGCUGAUAAAUCUAUGAAUAAAAUUUUCACAAGUGGUGUUCCAAGUACAGGGAACGAUGAACCACCCCGAGUGCCUCCGUUACACAUUUCUUUAAGAGGACGUAACGCUUCAGUAGUACAAAAGAAAAAGGAAAAGAAGUCUCUGAAGGGUGAGGGUGAGAGUGAUCUAAUCAAGAGAAGAGGUAAAUUGAAAAAGAUGAAGGAAUGUAUUGAUGGAAAUAAGUUGUUGCAAAAAAAAUCACCAUUGAGCAUGAUUAUAGGGGGUUCAUCUGCAUCAAAACUAUCUUUGUCCAAUUCCACAAUGAUGAACAGUGCUAAUACCGUUUGCAAAAUGGGUAAUGUGCUGCAAACUGCUAUAACCAAACCCAAUGCCUUAAAACAAGAAUUACCAGUGGAUGCUGUACGAUUACAAACUGGUACUGUUACUAAGCCAUGUACGAGUAAAAACAGCGAUGUAGAUGAUAUACCGCUGAAUAGUAGAAUACCGUCUCCAUCAAAGCAUAAAUCUACCAUUGUAAAUCAAUCUUUAAAUACUCCGCAAGUUUUAACAAAGAAUCAAGUGGAUCUGGAUGCACAAAAUCAUAUGCAAGAACAUAAAAUAGGUGGAGGCAAAACAAAAAGAAGAGAUUCUAAGAAAAAGUCAGAAUCUGGAGAUGGUUUACAUCGGGAACAAAACCUUCUGUCAGGAGGUCGAAUUUUAGAUCAAGUGAAAUGGAGAAAACUUGGUUAUAAGGCUGAUACAACUCAAUCAAUAAGAAAAUCAGAUUCGCUUUUAACUGGGAGUGGUUUUAUUGUCAAGAAAAUUGAAGAAAUUCGAAGAACGAGUGAUAGCGACAUUAAUAAACCAGCAAUCGAAAAAAGUAAUUCGGUGACUAAUGUUGCUCCCAGAUUAACAGAGCUUAAUGGCAUGAAGAAAGACUUAAUAAGCCAAGACAAGAGAAGACGGUUAAGUUUAAUCGAUGAAAAAGAUCUGCAUUUAGGAGAAUCUCCAAAUACAGAAGUUACACAUUUUAACAAUCAGAAGCCAGCUUCUGAAUGUUCUGCAAGUACAGUACCAAGUAUAAAAGCAAAUGUCAGUCUGUCCUUUGAGGGCGAUUCUAGUUUAAAAUCGACAAAUUCGUCGACGCAACAGGGCGACUCUAGAAAUCCAUCUAACAACCCUGAGAAUAAGAAUAAAAUACCUGUGCAUAUAGAAACUACGACGAAAAAUUCUCAACCACCUGUGGCUAGAAUACUCACCGUCAAGUGUAAAUCUGACAGAGAUUAUAUAGCCACUGUCAAAAGCAUCAGUCAGCAGCUGAGAAAUAUGGCUGACAAGAGUGAAACAAAUUCCAUUAUGAAUAAACAUAACAAGACAGUCGAGUUGAAUUGUAGUCAUAAGAAGACAAUUCAAAACCAUAUUGUAAAACAACAAAUCGACAAACCAGCGACGGAUAGCAAAAUAGAUAACGCGUCGCAAAGGAUUAGUUUAUUGAAGACUACAUCAGGCAAUACAGUAAUCGGUAAUUCGGUGGACCAAGUCUCUAGAUCCCAGAACGUUGAUGUACCCGCAAAUAAACCGAUCUUACCUAUCGGUGAGAUAAAUGUGACCGAAGCGAAGGUGAAGCAAAAGUUACUCGAAAAUACAACGGUACCUAUUGGGAUCGGUGUUGACGCAAAUAUCGAAAGAGUCGGCAGCAGCGGUGGCGGCGAAGACUCUGGCAUCGAGUCGAUGGAUGCGCUUUCGGAAAAAUCACCAAAUCAAGGGGAGUCACCUUUGCAUAGGCCGGCAUCGGCAACCGAAUCAGUGACACAGAGCAGCGCCAAGAAUGUAAUACAGGGGGAACCCACCUUAUCAACCACCAAUAAGAACGUGCCUUCCUCAACUAGUAGUAGUGAUAUGUGUUCAAAUUCCCAUUCGGAACUUCUCAAGUCCAGUGGCCCGCAAAGGUUAAGUCCUGUGUCUGUAGUAAGUUAUCUUGAAAACCAAUUGAAUCGCAAUAUAUCAAACUCUGGUGAGCAUGACACAAAAAAUGUGUCUAGUGAAACAUCAUCAACAAUUCCGAGAACUGGACAUAGUGAUUUGGUUGUUAGUUUAGACGCAGCAAGUAAUGACAAAAGUGUAUCCAGUCCUUUAGUGACGGGAACAAUGACUGUUAUGACAGCAUCUAUAACCAGCAGUAUGAAUAGUGAUAAUAACUUAUUGCAAUGUGCGCAUCAACAAGCAAAGGAUUUCUCUGAUAAGGAUAAUUCUAGUGUUAAAUUAGAGAGUACUGUUAACCAAAAUGAUCAGGGUAAGGCAAACUCUAAACAUGAAGAAUCGAGAGCUGCGGAAAGCGUAUCUGAGGAUAGUACGAAAACGGUUGUAGAAAGUAACAGUGCAAUUAGAUUAAGCGACGAACCUCACGGACAAAAUAAUAAUAAUAAUAAUAAUAAUACUAAUAAUAAUAAUAAUAAUAAUAAUAAUAAUAAUAAUGGUGUGCCUAUAAUACAAAAUCACGUUGCUUAUAGUAAAGUUGACACGAUAAAAUCCGAUAGUGCGCUCGCGAAUACCAACGCGGCAACGGAUAAUUCUUGCUCGAACAAUGAGAGUUGCAAUCUAGAAAUCAAAGUCGAAUCCAAAAUUAACGUAAAAGUGGACGAUACCAGGCAGACCGAUCGGUUCGAGGUUUCAAAAAAUAGUAACAUUUCACUCAACACAAAGUCCGCCAAGUUAGAAACGUGCACCGAACAAAAUCAGAAGUGUAAUGUACAAAGUCAGCAGAAUCAGAUCACGCUCAGAGAGCCCUCUGUAAAUCUUCAAAAAGUGACGGACGAUUUAGUUAAAAAAAUGGUUAACGAUUCGAGCGAUCUGAGCGUGGGUGACAUCCAGUCGCCUCUUGGCGAAGAUCCGCAGCCUAUCAGGAUUACACCACCAUUGUAUACGUAUUCUAAUCCUGUGGUUCUGCAACGGGACGAAACUCCGAGUCCGGCAGCACAGAAUCCUGAGGUGGACUCCAGCGAUGUUGAACAUCUUAAGCGUAAACGCAGGAGGAAACAGGAUCUCGAGGGACGACACGAUGUCAUAUUCAUAGAAGAUAAUGAUGAAGGGUGUACUCCCUUUGUGGAGAAACUAAAUUCCACCAUUGCAGAAGAGUAUAUCAAGAGACCGCCCAAGUCGUUACUGGAGCAGCUUCUAAUAGAUAUUCCGAACGACAACAAUGAGAAGAGGUCAUUGAGAACCAGGUCGCAGAAGUUGAACAGCCCGGAUAUCGCGAAAACUCCGAAGAGCAGCCCCCACGGCCCUAAAUUAGAGGAACGCCGUAGUAUAUCACCCUAUGCGAAAGCAAGUCCAAAACUAGCGGUAUCGAAACUGUCUCCUAACACGACAAUAAAAAUAGGGAAACGGAAAAGGCAAGAGAGCGAGAGUUCCGUUGCAUCGAACACAGCUGAUGAUCCACAGCCAAGACCAGGUAAACGGAAAUGCUCAGAGAAUGCGGCAGAACUUAUUAAAGCUUGCAUGGGUGUAGAAGAGGCUGGUUCUAUAAAGAAACAAGUGCCUGGCAAGGAUGAGCAAUGCAAGAAGGGAUUCGUAAUGACAAAGAUUAAGAAAGGUCUCGUUGUGGUAGACAUUGAUUCGUCUGAUGACGAACCAUUGAUUGACUCUGUAGGAAAAGCAAGAGUUCGAUUGUCAGAUGAAACAUCCGCUGCUUCCCCAAAGCCUAAAGAUCAAAAAGUGCAAAGAGAGAGCCGUUUGUUAACUACCAAGCAGCUGAAUUCGACUAUGGCGAUGACGACGAUAACGACGACGACGAUGACAACAACAGCAACAACAACAACAACAGUGAUUACAACGACUGCAAUGACGACGACGACAAUGACGACGUCGACGUUGACGACGAUGACGAUGACGACAAUGACAACGACGACGACAAUGACAGCUGCGGUGGCGACGACGGCUACGGGAACAGCAGCAGUUACUGUUGGGAAGGAGAGGUUACGAGGCACUUCUGUAUCUAGCAACGAGUCUGUGGGCGAAGUAACGACCAGAAGAUCUGUACGGCAGAAUACAGCUUCACCGCUAGCUACACCAGCAAGCAAUACUAGAGGUGCGUCCAGAACCUCUGAGGAUAUUAACAGAAGGAAAACACGUAGUGGUGCUGUAACAGCGGAAACAGCGGAGCAAGCGAAACGGAGGCGAAUAUCCCGAGAAAACAAAUGACCUUCGGGAAGUGACCUUGACAGUGAUUAGCUACCGUCGCUCGUCAAGGCCUAUCAUCUGUCUGAUUGUAAAUCCAACAUAAACGGGUAUUUGAUCGCCGUGUGGCUGGAUCCCACCUGGUAAACCGGAAGGGGCCCCAUUAGCGCACAACGUUGCUGUAUAUGUAUCGGGAGUAUUGUGUCAAAAAAGAAAUAGCUAGACGGUGUGCAAAAGCAGUUUUGUACUAUAAAACAUUUAUUGGCUGCUAGUUAGUCAUACAAAGUACCUUCGAAUUUUUUCUUGCUUGUUCUUCACGUGUUUUCGUUUUCUCUUUCUUUUUAUCUUUUUCUUUUCUCUAACAAAUAGAUCAUAAGAAUUAUAUUGUUGUAAAAUUUAUGGAGAGUAUAUUUAUAAAUCAUUAAUUAUUAAUUGUUAUGUUCUUAAAUGUUUAAAAGAAUAGCGAACAAAAUAAAAGUAUUCUGCUUUUAUUCUUUUCUUUCACCGUCUAGCAUUUUCAUUUGUUGUACUCCGAUAAACAGCAAAGUUUAGUUACUCAGAUUUAACUUGCUCACAAUGCAUUAUAUAUAUAAAUAUAUAUGUAUGUAUAUAUAUAUAUAAAUA